GCCAGGCUCUUAUAUAUACAAUGGAAAAUGUCUUCGUUAUAUGAACGAGCUCAAAAGCUGGGAUGACGCGAUGACUUCAUGUGUAAACAUGGGAGGAACUCUGGCAACAGUAGCGGAUUUAACUGAAUGGGACGACAUUAAAUUUUAUUUACAUAUAGGUCCUGUCAACGUCUGGAUUGGCGCCAACAAAAAGAUGAAUAAAAUAACUUAUGUUUGGACUGACGACCUCAAUCAAGCUACAGAAUUAAACGGGAUGUGGGCUGCUGGCUAUCCGAAAAGUACAGCUGGAUAUGACUGUGUUUUUUUGUUGUCAGAGGCUUUCAACGAUCCUUGUUCAAAUACAUACAGUUAUCUUUGCAUGGAACCAGCAGUAUUCUACUCCUUAAUGAUGAUGGAAUGUUCCCCAAAUACUCUUCAUACCAUUCCUUUGAAAUGA